GAUGACAUUUACAUCAAACUUUGACGCAUCUCAAGAAAGAAUUAUGUUGAACGUUGGGGGUUAUGAAACCUAUUGUUCUACUCUGAUUGCUUAUCCGACAACACUUCUUGGAACAAUGUUUGCUGACAGAAAUUCAGAGUUGUUGUGUCCAGUCAAUGGUGAACAUUUUAUUGAUAGGGAUGGUCAAUUAUUCCGAUAUAUUUUGCAAUUUUAUCGUACUGGAAAAAUCUAUUGGCAUGACAUUCAGUUGACAAAUUCACUGCCUAGCGACAUCACUUCAACAACCCACAAUCUUAUGCCGAUUUCUCGUGAAAAUAUAUUUUCAGAAAUCGAUUAUUUUCAACUUCCAAUCCCAUUACCAUUAUCUCAGAAUGAACCUCCUUUAUUAUCUCAACAUGCUCAAAAGGCGGCCGCAUCAAAACUUGACGAAUUCAUUCAAUCAUUUCAGAAAUGUAUUUUUGAAGCAAUGCAAUUUUUUGAGACAACUAUACCAUUUACAUUUCAUCGAAUAGUACGAGAAAAUCAGGAGGUUUACUGGAAUGAGCAUGAAAAGGUUUCACCAUUUGUUAAAUAUCUCAGACCCUUUGCUCCAUGUGUCGGGUAUGAACUUUUGGAUAGGUUUGGCGUGGAAAUCGGAAAGCGAUUAAAACUUAAAUUUGGAGAAGAUUUAGAAUGGAAAUUAGAGAAACAUACUUCACAUGUUGAUACAAAAGUAGAUUAUUAUAGAUUAGCUAUUAAUAUUCCUGAUAAUGCUUAUGAUAAUAAUAAAAUUUUACAAUAUUCUACUUAUUCAGAUUCAUAA